UCCAAAAGUCAAGCAUAAACAAACAGAGGUUAAUUUGGCAAACAGAAUUUGUUAUGAUGGCAGUACCAAGAUGUUUUAUAAUUGCUUUACUCUUUGCUUUUGUAUUGUUUUCUAGUGAAGUGAAGGCACUGAGCUCCGAUUACUACGAUCAAACAUGUCCUAAUGCAGAGUCAGCCAUCACCAAAGUUGUCAAGAAAGCUAUGUCAAAUGACAAAACAGUUCCAGCUGCGCUUUUAAGGAUGCACUUCCAUGAUUGUUUCGUUAGAGGUUGUGAUGGCUCUGUGCUGCUGAACUCAACAAGAAACAACAAAGCAGAGAAAGAUGGACCUCCUAACAUCUCAUUGCAUGCAUUUUAUGUCAUCGAUGUUGUUAAGAAACAAAUUGAGGAUUUGUGUCCUGGAGUUGUCUCUUGUGCUGAUAUUGUGGCUCUUGCUGCUCGUGAUGCUGUUGCUCUUUCUGGAGGUCCUGCUUGGGAUGUGCCAAAAGGUAGAAAAGAUGGAAGAAUCUCUAAAGCCACUGAAACGCGACAAUUACCUUCUCCAACGUUCAAUAUUUCUCAACUGCAACAGAACUUUGCCCAAAGAGGCCUUUCUUUGGAUGAUUUGGUUGCACUUUCAGGAGGGCACACUCUUGGAUUCUCUCAUUGUUCUUCCUUCCAAAAUAGAAUCCACAAUUUCGACAAACAUCACGAUGUUGAUCCAACAUUACAAGCAUCAUUUGCAGCCAGUCUGCAGAACGUUUGCCCCACGUACAACAAGGUCAGAAAUGCAGGAGCCACAAUGGAUUCUACAACAACUUUAUUCGACAAUGCCUACUACAAGCUACUAAUGAAUGGAAACAGCCUUUUCUCUUCAGAUGAAUCUCUGCUCACAAAUUCAAGAACCAAAAGACUAGUUUCAAAGUAUGCUAGCUCUCAAGACGAGUUCUUUAAAGCGUUUGCCAAUUCUAUGAUCAAGAUGAGUAGUAUCAGUGGUAAUGGACAAGAAGUUAGGCUGGACUGUCGAUUUGUUAGGUGAUCGAUGACCUUGUUAUCACAAUAUAUUUUUCAGGCUCAUUUAAUUAUUGUAUUGGGGAACCUUAAUUUUUUUUCAUUUUCUUGAUUGUUGGUGUGCUAUAUUAAGCAAAGAAGAAUUGGGGUGUUUAUAACAGCAUGUUUGUCUUUCUUGAUUUA